CAUUUGCCAGGCCCAGAAUGCAAGUAAAUAAUAAUGGCGUCUGUGAUAGAGACGUGAAUUUCUCAUUUUGUUGAAGCUCUGAAUAGUGAAUUUACUCAGUAUUUUGUAGAUUUUCGACCGGUCCAUUUUGAUGACUCUACGCUACCUCAGGCCCGUGAUCAAGAAUUGGUAUAAUUUUUACCUUCAAAUCGUUUGUGCUCAUUCAUUUCUUCACCAGCUCCGGCUAUCAAUGUGUUAGCCAUCCUUCAGAUGAGCAUGUGUUAUCCAUACGCGAAGGGCCUCUGUUGCUGAGUCCAAAAUGCAGCCAAUGUUUAGGAAACUGUCAAACGAAGUUGACUUACAUGUUGUUAAUCCAAACCCGCGUCCACAUCAACAGCAGGUGCAACAGCAAGCUCAACAACAGGUCAAUGAGCAUCGACAACAGCAGCAGAAGCAACAGCAGCAACAGCAGCGAAAGGCACAGAUGCCCACUGUCGUGACAAAUGCCAGCAUUCCAUUCCCAAGGCUAGUGAAUCAAAAUGCACCCAGAAUGGCCAGGCCUCCGAGUGCUAGUCCAAUCAUUGGGGUAAGGAACAGCACCCCACCAGUAUCAGCGAAUGUGCAGGCAGUAAGGAUGACCAUUCAGGCAAAUAGACAGAGAAUGAAUGCUGCAGUACCUAGCAUUCACAAUGGAGAAAGACCAUUGCCCGUUGCAGGCCCUAGGUUCCCUAUGACUCCCACGUCACCACCAGGUGGUAGUCCAAUCGUGGGGGUAAGAAACAGUACCAUAUCAGUAUCAGCGAAUGUGCAGGCAGUAAGGAUGACCAUUCAGGCAAAUAGACAGAGAAUGAAUGCCGUAGCACCUAGCAUUCAUAAUGGAGAAAGACCAUUGCUCGUUGCAGGCCCUAGGUCUCCAAUGACUCCCACAUCUCAGUCCCCUCGUUUACCUGUUUCUAUCAGUCGUAAUGUUACCCUCACCAGCAUCCAAGCUCCAGCUUCCAAGUCUCAGGCACAGUCACAUACAGUGGCCGUGCAGGGCAAUCAAUUCUUGGUACAGACACCGAGCUCAUCCAAAGCAGAAGCUCCCACAGUCAGAUCUCUGCAGAUCUCGCAAAUGCUCCAAGAAUUUGAAGUCCAAUCCAAUGAUGGAAGGGCCAGACCUCCAAGUGCCAGUCCGAUUGUUGGAGUAAGGAACAGCACCCCAUCUGUGGCAACGAAUGUACAGGCGGUGAGGAUGAGCACACCACGAAUGGUUCAGGCAAAUAAACAGCAACGAAGUGCUGCAGUAGCUAACGUUCAUAGUGGAGGGCGACUAUCGUCUACCCCUAGCACCAGGUCCCCAAUGACUCCUACGUCGCAGUCUCCUCGUUUACCCGCUUCUCUCGGUCGACAUAUUACCCUCACCAGCAUCCAAGCUCCAGCUUCCAAGUCUCAGGCACAGUCACAUGCCGUGGCCAUGCAGGGCAGUCAAUUCUUGGUACAGACACCGAGCUCAUCCAAAGCAGAAGCUCCCACAGUCAGAUCUCUUAUUCAAGCCCAGCAAUUUUUCCAAGAAUAUGAAGUUCAAUCCAAUGAUGGGAAUAUUUACCUUUCCCCUGAGGACCUAUUUAAAGAGAUUGCAGCCUAUGAAGACUCAGAAUCGGACCCAGAACACUCUGGGAAUGACAGUGAAUUCGAGCAAGAAGAAAGUGAAUUGAUGAAUGAUAGUGAAUUCGAGCAAGAAAUGAGCGACGCAAUGAAUGAACCACCUUCAUCUCCAAUUAAAUCUCCAGAACCAGAGCCGCAGGAGACUGUGAAACAUGUAGCUGGAUUUUAUGCUUUGUGCACUUUCUGCGGGUAUUUGUCUUUGAAUUUUGCUAAUUGUGAGAGAUGCAAGCGAAAAUUGCCAGGCGAGAUUAAAAUGGUGCCAACCGCAAACAGGAAACUCAACACAAACAUUAUCAUAACAAGGACAGAAAACCCUGCAUCCACACCAUCAACAACUGCCUCUCAGCCUAUUAGCCAACUUCAACAGUUACAGCAAAUUCAGCAGAAAUUAGCCCCAGGAAAGGCAGUCGCUGAACAAACUAAAAAACCCUUGCAGACCAAUCCUCCUGUAAGAAAUGUCCAACCUGCUGCACCAAAAAAGAAACGAGUGAACCGUAAAAAGAAUGAAGAACCAGAGUGCCUGACGAUUUCAUCCGACGAAGAAGUUACCCAACCUCCUCCAGAGACAAAUAGGCAGGUCAUCAUGAGAGACCCAGCUAUUACAGACUCCACUCGUCUUAAAGAACCAAUCAUCACUGAUGAACACGAAAGUGAGAAAGAAAACAUUACUCAAGGUGUUAAAGGUGGAGGUCUGCCAGAAACAGACAUCGAUCAAAUGUUCAGCUGUUCUCAGAAUGAUUUUACCCAUCUUCAAUGCCGUACAGUUAGGGUUGGAUCAUAUAAAGUUGUGCCGAAAGAUAGAGUACUUCUCUCACCAGCUGGUGUCCAAAUCAUAGUUCCUUCAGUUGAAGACAGCAAUGUGAAUGUUACGUUGAAAAUUUAUUUCCAAGAUAUCAUCAGGAUCCUUAUUCAUUUUGGUAAACAGUUGCCAGUGUUGUUCCUUUAUAUUAGUACGAGUGCAGGUGCAGAAAUUAGGAAGGUAUUAAAGAUGGAAUCCAAGGAUGGCCACUAUUUUGACCCAGCUAGUGAGGAUGAAACGCACAAACGGAUAACUUUGCUGCCAGAGAAAAUAACUGAUGACAGCAGAGUGGCUCUAACCAAAAUAUUCUUUAACGAAGAUAAAGGAGCUAAUAAAUUUGAUGAGCUCAGUGCGAAAGAAGCAAAUGAUAUUUUAGUGCGGGCAUCUCCAAAAGAGGUCCAAAAAGCCCUGAAGCAAACCUCAUCCAGCUCUGGCGCUGAAGACGUCAUCCGACCUAUCAUGGCAUAUCCAGCACCACCAGCUAACGAAGGAAUUAUGAUCAACACUCAAGACUAUGCCUGCCUUGGAGAGGACCAGUUCUUAAAUGAUGUGAUAAUUGAUUUUUAUCUCAAGUAUUUAACUUUGCAAGUGCUCACCCCUGAAGAGCGUGAACGGACACAUGUAUUCAGUUCAUUUUUCUAUCAAAGACUGACCAAAGCAAGCAAAAACCAUAAAGGUGCUCAUGCGCGCAAUGACAAAAUUAGUGCUGCUAAAACACGCCACAACCGCGUCUGCAGAUGGACAAAGAAAAUAGACUUAUUUUCGAAAGACUUUAUCAUAAUACCAAUCAAUGAAAAUUCUCAUUGGUUCCUUGCAAUUAUCUGUUUUCCUGGUCUCGAGGGUCCAGUGUCGAUGAAUGAUGAUUCUCCUGCACCACAAAUGCCAAGUGUACCUCGGCGGAAAAAUAAAGAUGAUCUAGUAAAUAGCCCAAUGACGAUCGGCUCAACUACCAUAACACCUGUCGGUGGUCAAAGUUCUCCGCCAGCAAACACAUCUAUUACAAUCUCUGCAAAUGAUGUCGAUGGAAAGGAUGAAGCUGAGUCAGAAGAUGAAGACAUUAGCAUGCAUUCAAGUGACGAGGACUCAUCUGGAAGUAACGAAGUUAGGUCUAGUCAAGCGUCUCAGCAAUCUGUCGAAGCAUCUCCCAAUGUUCCUGCUAGUACUCCAAAACCAAAAUCCAUUUUAAAAGUCAAGCAUGAAAAGAGAGAACCUAUUAAGCAGCCGUGCAUAUUAAUUUUUGACUCACUGGCAAUGUGCAACAAACGGAGUAGAGUAGUCGCAACCCUUCGAGAUUACCUUAGGAUAGAAUAUGAAACCAAGCAUCCUGGCAAUGAGCGCAAGUUUAACAAGGAUACUUUCAAAGGUGCCUCGCCUAAAGUUCCGCAGCAAGAUAACUUUACUGACUGUGGAUUAUUUGUUCUACAAUAUGUUGAAUCGUUUUUUGAGAAUCCUAUAGAAGACUACACGAUACCAAUUAAGAGCUUAAAAAACUGGUUCAACCCAGAUCUAGUGGCAAGGAAAAGAUAUCAGAUCCAGCAACUCCUUCAUCGACUGAUGGCGGAGCAAAAUAUUGACUUCAAAGAAUUUCCUCUACCAGAACUGAAUUUACGACCGGAUGGUCUUCCAUCAAAGCCUCUCGUCGACUACUCAGACAGCAAUGGAGCUGAAAUGGAAGCCAUGGAGGAAGAGGAGAUGGAUGAAGCUAUGGAAGAAGAGGAUGAAGAAAAUUAUUUAGAUGAAGAAAAUUACUUAGAUGAAGAAGUUACAGGCGAACAUGAGGAAGAAAGCGAAUCUGACUCCGCCCUAUUUAACUCGAGUACCUCCGUUUGUAACGACUCACUAACAUCUAAAGAGUCGUGCAGUCAGCUAGUUCCUGUUAGCAAUGCCUCCAAUAGUAGUCUAAAUAAAAGCAACAUAGGAAUUCUAAAGACAGCUAGAAUAAUUAAAAAAGCUGUCGGUGUCAGUUCAAAUUGUCACUUAGGCAACUCGGUUACCAUCACAACAACGCCAACAUUAUCUGAAAAUACGCCGCCGGCUGCAAAGAAGAUAAGGUCUGAGUAGGAUGGUGCCUGACUUUUAGGUUUUUUCAAUUAAUUAUUGUGCAUUUAUGAGGCAGCAUUUGCUGUCCCUGAAGCGCAUCACAGACUGAGUUUUGUGGGAAGGCAGCCCCACUUAAGUUUUAUUUCUUUUGUCCAACCUUUGAGGGAAAUAAAGUUUCUGUUGGCGCGAAUCCAAAUCAGCUUUUGUUCUGUUGGACUAGCACGGUGAGAGCUCUCAAGCAUAUGACUUUAACAGGACUGUUUGGUAAACAAUAGAGAGCUUAGAGGAAAUUAUCAAUUGCUCUGAAAAUAGUCACGAGCUUUCAUAUUUUUAUACCUAGGAGGUAAAAAUUAACAGACGUUCACCGGUAGGCAAUCAUAACAACAGCAUAGCACAAUCUUAGCUCUUAGAUGAGAGAUUAGAGAAGGUAAUUGCAAGUCAAGGAUUUGCACUUAUUGGCCUCACUGGGAGUGCACAUACCUUAACUUGAGUUAAGUUGUCGUUUACAAGUCACUUUUUUGAGCUUUUCCAGUAGAAUUGGAAAUUUAAACUUUCUUCCUUAGCAUCAAUUUGAAAUUCUACUGUUUCUGAGAAGUUUGAGAUCAAGGCUGUACCUGAUAAUGUGAAAGUAUUGUGUAAAAUGCAUCAAAAGUUAACUCACACUUCACAAUCACCCUCUGUUUUUUCUCCAUGUCACUCCCGUGUAAAGUUCAUCUUGACCAGAAGAUAGCUGAUCGUUAGAUAAAUAUUCAUCCUAGGAAAGGUUAGUUUUCAAUUUCUUUCUCUGUGCCUCGGUUACUAAGUUUGUUUCUUAGACGAUUUUGGUACGAUCAGAAUUGAAUACUUCAUGGGAUUACUUAGUUUCAUUUGUUAAAUCUUGCUUUGUUUUUUGCCAUCUGUAAAUAUAUCUAGAUUGUUUUUGCUCAUGUCAAGCUUUGUGGCUGUGAUAAGUAUUCCAUUCUGAUCAAGAGUCUUUUUUUUCUCUCUUCGUUCCUGUUUUUUUCUGUAUCAGGCUUCAUUAAUUGUUCCUUAAUCCUAUACCAGUAGUCAAUUGGAAUAUCUCUUCAUUCUUCUUUGAUGGGACUACAAUUGUUUUUUUUCCUAACUCGGACCCUAAUGUAUCGAUUACACAUCAUAGCAUCAGUAAUUAAAAUAUGCUCAUCAUUACCCAGUUCAUUUCUGCUCUAUAAGACUAUAUAAGUUGAAGCUGGGAACACUUAUUUGAAUGAUUUUCACUGAAUUAUAUUCAUCUGCUGUCAUUUCAGCAUCUCUUUUUUUAUAAAACAGCAGGGAACAUUUAUUCAAAAUUUUUGCAAAAAUUAUGAUUGUUGUUAGAAGUAUUUUUAAGUCUGUAUCAGAAGCUGGUGCAUUUGUACAGGGUGUCUAGAAUCAGGAUUUUCCUGAUUCUAUCAGGAUUUGAGGUCUAAUAGGAUUUUAUCCCGAUUUCAUCAAGAUUUUGAAAAGUUAUGAAAUCAGGAUUUUGUAGUCAAAAAUCAGGAAAAAUCAAGAUUUCCCAAAAUGAAAAAAAACUAGACACCAUGUUGUAAGACUUUGCAUCAUUCAUGAGGCUCCAGUGAAGUGCGAAUUUAAGAGAAGGGUUGCAAAUUAAAACUUUUUGAUGGAAAAACAUUUUGAAUGUUUGAACCAAAAAUUUCAAAAAAUGAACCAUCUGAAACUUGCAUAAAGAGCUAGAGAGAGGUCAACUUAUGCAGGAAAAAAAACGAUGGAAAUUAUAUCCACUGAGUGCUGGCAUUCAAUGAAAAUAGACUAUUGACCAUAAACUAAUAUAUUAUUAUCUACUGACUAGACCAAUGACUAUAGACUAUUUAUGACUAUGGAUACUAGUAGAUCUCCUUCUUGACAAUUUCGAAUUGGAGAAGGUAGUUCUUAAGUCUAGGGGUUUCGCUCAAAGUGUGGGUUUGAUAGCAAAAGACCCUGCUAGCACCCAUCACUCCAGAUCAUUUUUAUUGUACGCGAAUGCUGCCAACUUGGGUCCAACGUGCCUUCUCAUUACUCCAACAGGUUGCAGACUUUAAAACUACAGCUGUCUGCCCAAUCAAUUAUUUGCCUCUCUUUUCGUCCCUUUCAAAAAGUCAUUCUCCACUUCUUCCUCUUUUCACUUUUAAUCGUUAUUCAUUGGUGCCCAUGACUGUAUGUAUCGACAAAAUAGGAAACCGCAUGAUCCACCCAUUUUGGUUUGACCGAUCAUCAACGAAAAUACGCUUCAAGAAAUGAAUGUAAUUCUGUAUUUUUUUUUUUUGUUUUUUGAAAAAUCAAAAUCUGUUUUUGAAGGAGUCUCAUUUUUUGUUGUGAAGUGAUGAUUGGAACCUUUUAAGAAACAGAUAACAUCCAUGCUCUUCAUUAGGGGUGCAUGCAUAAGAUUCAUUUCAUCAGGCACUUCUUACGUAAAUUAAUGUCCCCUUUUCUCUCCUUUUUUCUUUCUUUUUUUUUAAAGUAUGAGAACUACUUCACAAUUGUUAAUUGACUGAAAGAAACUAAUUUGUAAUUGACUUAGUUUUCUAUUGAACUUUAAGAUAUUUACAUGUACCUUGAUGUUUGAUUAUGCUAGAGUUUAUUUACCUACCAACGUACCAGCCUGAAGCGUCUAAAAUUCCUGUGAUUUAAAUGAGGUAAAAAAAAGAUUCCUAAAUCUCGAUUUUUCAUCCUUUUAUUGUCCUGUUUCUGAAUACUCAGCAUUUUUAGACAACUGGAAGUUUGACCAACUUUAAUAAUGAUUCAACUAAGGUUUUUUCUUGCUAUCAGUAUAUUCUGCUGUUGAUCUUCAGAUGCAGCAACUCAAUUUCGAAUCUCCUGUCCUCGAUUCAGAUUUCAAAAAAAGAUCUCAUGCUCUUAAAAUUCAACCUUAUCAACCCUUGGGAGUUGCUCUGCACUGGUGAUGAGGCCCCUAGCUUUUCUCUCAAAAUUAUAAAUUGUGAACGUCCAUCAAUUAUAAUCUGUCCUCUGCGCGAGGAUUGUCUUGAUAUGGAGCAUUUUUCUGUCAUCUGAUCGUUGUUUAUUUGAGGCACCUUCUUGCCACAAUUAUUUGUAAUUUUUACUUUUGUACAGUCAUUUAAAUAAUGUUUUGUUAAUUUUUAUCAACUGUAUUUUAAUUGUAAAUACAUUUUUUAAAUGUA